AUUACAAGUUGUGAACUCACUUAGGUCUGAUUCCCCCUAGCUCCUCAAUUAGGUCCAAGUUGCAAUUACUUUUGGUUGGUCUACUGUUGAUUAAACUACGGAAGAUCCUAAAUUAGCUUGGAAUCUCUUAAGCUGACCAAGCCCUCUUACACAGAAUACCGGGCAGGCGACUAGCCUUCACCGGGAUAGACUGCUAAGGCGAUUCACACAGAUCUCCACUACUGGAAUGAAUUCCAGUACAAAGCAGUGAAUUGGUUGACUCUCGCACAACCAAUUCACCACUAUCAAUCAAGGAAGCUCUCUUAACCUAAUCAGAUUCUAUCUAUCAUAGGUUAAAGCAGAAAUCAAGAGAAUUUGAUCACAAUUCAAUUGAAUCAAUAAAUCAUGCCUCAAUUGAUUAUAAUCAAACAAUAUAGCAUUCAAAACUUCAUACAAGAAAGAUCCUAACACAUGAAACUAGGGUUCCUCAAAAACUAAGUGAAGGGAAGUUACUCCAUAGAGAAGAGAGAGACUGCAGAAAUCUGAUCUAGAUCUUCAAUAUCCAUCUCCAAGCUUGAUUCCCGAGCUCCAAUGGCGAAGAAAUCCUCCAAAAUAGCUCCAAGAAUGUUCCCAAGUCGCUCUCUCUCUCUAGGGUUCGUCCCUUGGGUGUUUGGGAACCAAAAACCCAGCUCUCCCCUUUCCUUUGGCUGAAAAUCGAGUUUUAAACAGAAAUUCCCGAUAACGCGGCCAGGCCACAUGGCCGUGUGGCUUUCCCAGCUGCCCAUGUGAAGGCUCGGUGAUUUUCACACGGCCACGACCCACACGGCCGUGUGGAGUUCCAGGAUGCCCGUGUGGCUUGCUCAGCCUUUGUUUAAUGCUUCGUUUCUCCCUCGUCCGGACUCUGAAUAAGUCCUCGUUUGAUCCCACACGCUCGUAGUCUUGUACUCUUUCUUUUCAUGAAAAUCUUGCAUGAUUCUUUGUCCAUAAAGUGAGGUAGAAAUCCAUUCUUCUUCAGGUCAUGCCCGAGUUUCUUCUCCCGAAACGUCAAUUGAUCUCUGAUUGAUUUGAAACUUGCGCCUAUGAUUCACUUUAUUUGCUAGGACCUGAAAUGUGACAAAGGAACAAAACCUAGCAUAAAAUAGGACAAAGACGCAAUAAUUUAAGCUCAAACAAAGCAAGAAACAAAGGGGAAAACAUGUGCCAAUACCGAGUCAUCAGUUAUCACCAUAUAGAUAAUUCCUUGGCACCUAGGAGCUAGUGUGAAGGUGAUGCCGUACAAGCUUUUCAAAAAGUUAGAAGUAGGUGACCUUAAGACCUCUAAGCUUAGCAUCACCGUAGCCGACCGUUCGGUCAUUAGCUCGAGAGGUAUAGGCGAGGACAUGAUUGUGAGAGUGGGCAAGUUAUGCUAUCUGACCGAUUUCGUGAUUCUCGGCAUAAGUGAGGACUCGGAUGUGCCCCUCAUCCUCAGUCGUCCCUUUCUUGAAAACGCCAAGGCAUUGAUAGAUGUUAAUAAGGAAACCCUAAUUUGGAGGGAUGGUAAGAAGAGAAUCAAGCUUGAAAUUGAGCCUAGGGUGAGGAGUGAUGAAGUGAAGGGGGUAGUUUCAAAUGAUGUGAAUGAGAGUGGAGGAGAGCCUCCUAAGGCAAACCCCACCAUUACUUGUGUUGUCUUUGAUGAUGUUGAGUAGUAAGUUAAAAAGGGUCCUAAGCCAAAAGGACCGAGACUGAAUGCUUGGAGAAGAAGGAUGAAGGGAGCUUUGACCUAGAAGACGGGGGAGCCCAAAGCAAGGUUGGCCAACCAAGAGAGCCAACUCAAGGAGCCUAAGAUGGGAGGCUACAAGCCUCGCCCCGAGAGUGUGGUGGAUCUGCUCUCGGUGGCAUCACUUUUGAAGUCGUGAUUGAUCCCCAACCGUCAAGCUAAUUACGAUAAACAAGCUCUUGUUGGGAGGCAACCCAACGGAGGUUUGUUUUCUUUUCUUUAGUUUUCGUUUUAGUGUCUUGUGAAUGGUUUGAGUGGUGAAGUGGUGUCCCCGUGCCGAGUGUUGUGUUUUUGCGGUUUAUGGUUGUGUUGUGAUCGAUUAGGAGGCACGGAGGAAUAGGUUGAGUCAAAUUUUUUGCAGAAGUGCCCUGUUUCCACUUCAGUUCACGGUCGCUAAGACCGUGAACAGGCAAACGCGUCCGUGAACUGGGCGCUGAUGCAUGUUCACCACCUGUCAACCACUCCGUGUUCACGGACGCAUUCGCGAGUUCACGGUCUCUAAGACCAUGAACUGGCAAUGCGUCCGUGAACUCAGAGCUCUGCCUAUAAAAGGGGCGUGAACGGCGACCCUUUACUUCACGACUGGAUUCUCCCCGGAAAACUUUGAAUCUUCGCCGGAAAAUGCGAAAUCUCGUCACUUUUUCGACUUUUCCCCCAAAUCCGACGAGAAAAACCAAAAACCAACAUCAUACCUAGUCCCCUCUUCUCAAAACCGACAUGUGCUGUGAAUUUGGGGAGAUUUAGACCACAUUUUUUCCGGCCAAGACACGGGCGGCGAGUCUCCGGCGAGCUUUCGACGGAGCUCCGGUGACCCCUCACUAGGGCUGUUAAUGAUCAAAGUCGAGCCGAGCUCUGCCAUAGUUCAGGCUUGGCUUGUUAUAUUUUUCCAAGCUCCAGCUCGGCUCGUGUUCGUCAUGAGCUUUAAUAUGCAAGCUUGAGCUCGGCUCGUUUAUGAAAAUGAAAGCUCGAGCUCGGUUCGAGCUCGACUCGUCCAAUAAGCACAACGAGCCCAAAAUCGAGUUAAGCUCAUAAAUGUUCAUAAUAUCUCAAAAUUGACCUAGAACUGGGCACAAAAUUACAUUCAAACCUGUAUCAAAGUCUAGCAAAAUAAAAACACAAUAGUUAUCCCAAUUUCAAUACACAGUAUCGAUGAAU